GGUCAUGUUUUGGAGAGGAACGUUGGGUGCGUUCCCGGAGCAACAGGGAAGAUGGCAGCCCUCACAUCUCUAACCCAGUUGUCCAGUGGGAACCCUGUAUAUGAGAACUUUUACAGGCAGGUGGAUCCUGGGAAUACAGGGAGAGUAGGACCAACAGAAGCUGCUCUUUUCUUAAAAAAGUCUGGACUCCCUGACCUUACUUUGGGAAAGAUCUGGGAUUUGGCUGAUCCUGAUGGCAAAGGCUACUUGGACAAACAGGGGUUUUAUGUGGCUCUACGACUGGUUGCCUGUGCUCAGAACAGUCUGGAAGUCAGCUUGUCCAGUCUCAGCCUAACAGUCCCUCCUCCGAAGUUUAAGGACACCAGCAGCCCAUCUCUAAGCAGCACAGCCUCUGUUCCUGCUGAAUCGCACUGGGCUGUCAGGCCAGAGGAGAAGAAUAAAUUUGAUGGGAUUUUUGAAAGUCUGGUUCCAGUCAACGGCCUGCUGUCAGGAGAGAAAGUCCGCCCAGUCUUAAUCAACUCCAAGCUACCUCUGGAUGUCCUUGGGAAGGUUUGGGACCUGAGUGACAUAGACAAGGAUGGCCAUCUAGACAAAGAUGAGUUUGCAGUGGCCAUGCACCUGGUGUACCGGGCCUUGGAAAAAGAGCCUGUUCCUGCACUCCUCCCCUCUGCUCUCAUCCCUCCAUCUAAGAGGAAGAAGAGUCUCAGCUCUGUGGCCAGCUCUUUACCUGGACUGCCUGCAAGCCCUCCUCCACCUAAAGAUUCUCUACGUUCCACACCCUCCCACGGCAGCAUGAACUCGCUCAACAGCACUGGCAGCCUGUCACCCAAACACACACUCAAGUCUGGACAGCAUUCGGUGAACUGGGUGGUCCCUGUGUCAGAGCGUGGCCGCUAUGACGAUAUCUUCCUGAAGACGGAUGCUGACAUGGAUGGUUUUGUCAGUGGACAGGAAGUAAAGGAGAUCUUCAUGCAAUCUGGACUUUCUCAGACUCUUCUUGCCCAUAUAUGGGCUUUAGCAGAUACAAGACAGAUAGGCAAGCUGACCAGGGAGCAGUUUGCCCUCUCCAUGCAUCUUAUCCAGCAGAAAGUCAGUAAGGGCAUUGAUCCUCCACAAUCCCUGACUGCUGAUAUGAUUCCACCUUCUGAAAGAAGCACUCCACUACCAAGUAUGUCAGGAUACAUUACUCCAGUGGGAUCUGAGAUGGCUGCUCUGUCAGAAAUGAGGCGGGACAGCUCUAGUUCAGUGGGUUCAGGAGAGUUCACUGGCAUCAAGGAGUUGGAUGACAUCAGCCAGGAGAUCGCUCAGCUGCAAAGCACUCUUGCCUAUACCCAGUGGAAUACUCUCAGGGAGAAGUACACUCUUGAGCAGGACAUCAGGGAAGCAGAGGAGGCUAUCAGACAUAAGAGUGCCGAGGUGCAGGAAAUGCAGAAUGACCUGGACAGAGAGACAACCAGCCUGCAGGAGUUAGAAGCUCAGAAACAAGAUGCCCAGGACCGGCUGGAGGAGAUGGACCAGCAGAAACACAAAUUAGAAGACAUGUUGAAUGAAGUCCGGAUUAAGUGCCAGGAAGAGUCUCAGAUGAUCUCAAGCCUCCAGACUCAAAUCCACUCCCAGGAGUCAGACUUGCUAAACCAGGAAGAAGAGUUGAGCCGGGCCAAGGCUGACCUGGGCCGGCUGCAACAAGAGGAGAAUCAGCUGGAGCAAAGCCUGGCCGCAGGCAAGAUUCAACUAGAGACCAUCAUCAAGUCUCUGAAAGCAACCCAGGAUGAGAUCAACCAGGCUCGCAGCAAGCUGUCACAGAUUCAAGAUAGUCAACAGGAAGUGUCUAAAAGCAUUGAGCAGUACAACAGCACCUUGAAUGGAAACCAUGGAGGCAGCAUGACCAACUUGGCUGACAUGAGUGAAGGCUUCAGUGACCGAGAGAAUGGAGGAUUUCCAGCCAUGGUGAGAGCAGUACAGGAGGACCCAUUCAAAGUGAAGCCAUCUGUGUUUAACAGUCAACCUCAGGGGCUUCCCACUGACCCCUUCCAGUCUGAAGACCCCUUCAAAACAGACCCAUUCAAAGGCGACCCUUUUCAGAAUGAUCCUUUUGCAAAGCAGCCUCCAGUACCCACAGAUCCAUUUGGAGGAGACCCCUUCAAAGAGACAGAUCCAUUCAAGGCUUCAUCAGAAGACUUCUUCAAGAAAACCACAAAGAUGGAUCCCUUCUCCAGUCCAGACCCUUUCAGUAAAAGUGCCACUUUACCCUCCAAGCAACCUACUACCUUCACAAGCAGUGACCCAUUUUCUUCAAGCCAUCAAAAACCUAAAGGAUCAGACCUCUUUGGCACACUGGACCCGUUUGGCAGCAGUUCAUUCAACAGCAGUAACACUUCUGUUGGAUUUGCAGACUUCAGCCACAUGUCGAAGUCCAGAGACCCUUUUGAAGGAAGGGCCACCUGGCUUCCAGACUACCAGAAGCCAGUGUUUGUGGAUGACCCAUUCAGCAGGAAGAAUGACAUGCCGGCUCUGCCUCCAAAGAAAAGUGUUCCCCCCAGACCCAAACCACCCAGUGGUAAGACCACACCAGUGAACAUGACUGGUUCAUCUGACUCUUCCAAACCCUGUGAUCCUUUCAAACCGUUCAGUGGCGAGGUCAUUGACCCUUUUCAGAGUAAAAAGGGCCUGGGAGACCCAUUCAGCGGCAAAGACCCUUUUGUCUCAUCCUCAGCAUCAAGACCUGACAAAGUCAAGUUUGGAAACGAGGCUCAGCAGUUAGAAUGGGCUAAACGUGAAAGCGAGCGUGCAGAACGUGAGCGGCUGAAGAGACUCAGACAGCAGGAACAGGAGGACCUGGAACUGGCCAUUGCCCUCAGUAAAGCAGAGAUGUCCAAUGCAUGACCUGGAGGUCCCACUACAUGUGAAUACUUGUAUAGCCAUAGUGAGGCUAACCUGCAGACAAAGGUGACUGACUGAAAUAUUAAGACAUGAAACACAUCACUGAACUAAUUACUGCACACACUCACACAGAACUCCACACUCAGUGACUUUAUUGGAUUGGAAGAGAACAAGAAACUUUCAGACGAGUUUGGAUGAUGGCCCUGCAAACAGAAAAAAACAAUAAAACAGAAUCGUGGGUUGCAAAACAUCAUUGAAAAACGGGUGCUGACAUGAAGAAAAGGGGAACUGAAAUAUAAAGACGUGGAAAGAAAGCUGCUUGGUAGAAAGAGUGUACAGGCCCCAUAGUAGCUACACGGUAAUGUUGUUUUACCGAUUAGGGAGACUAGCUAAUCGCUGCACGACAGUUUGUAUCACUUCAUGUUUCUUUGUUUUGUUUUUUAAGCUACACUCUCCAUAUGGAAACAAACCUUGCUGUCAUUAAUAGAAGAGCAGAUGACCUUUUCUUUUGUUGUAACAAUCAGCAGCAAAGAAAUUGCCCCUGUACUUCUCAGAAGGGACUUGUAAAUUGGUUGUAUCAUUUAGUUAAUAGAAUUACAUGAUGUAGUAAGUAUGUCAGUUAAUAUUCAGUGCUAAUGCAUAGAAUGAGGUUUAAAUUCCCAUUUGGUAUAGAGAGGCUUAUAGAAAGGACUGGAUUCAUUCAGUAAUAGUCAUUAGGGGAGGGUUUAAAAAAUCGAUUUCCCCGAUUCAAAUCGAUUUUUGUUUGAAUAAAGCGAUAUUGAGUCAUUAAAUCCUGAUUCGAUUUUUAAUUAUUUUUAAGUAUUUUGUCAGAAACAACAAAAUCUCAGCUUAAAGCUCACAAAAUGACUUCAACGACCACAAAACAGCAAAUGAGAGCAGUUGAACGGAUUCCGCGAAAAGACGUAAACACAAAUCGCGGAUCGUUCGCCCGAAGAUCUGCGCACAGACACGCCGUCAGCUGCUGAAAGCAAACAGAUUCUGAAGUCGCAGGUUUUGCCACUUUCCGACCAAAAUUCACUGAUGGGCAGCAAAAAAAAGAUCAAAACUACGCUUCACGUGUGAAACACAUCGUCGUGAAUUCCCUCUUACUUUACAGUUUUGCUUCCACUGCGAUAAAAAUCACACUUCCUGCACGGCUCUCUCUCUCACUCUAUUUCAAGAACAGUUUCCAAUCUGAAAUCUGUUUUCUGCAUUAUGUACAGUUUUAUGUACAGCGCUGGUUUUUUUUCUCUGUAACUUUGCUCUGCUUCACUUCAGCAGCGUCAGGUAAUGUUUAUAUGCAGAUUCAUGGUUUUCUUCCGUUUUUGUUCAACUGCAGAAUAUUUUUAAGGCGGUUGUCUGCUUUAAAAAGCCAGACCA